GAAUGCUUGGAUAUCCACACCACAUAUUUCGCGAAACUCGCGAAUAUGCACGCGCUUGGAGGAGGGGGGCUAGGCGAAUACCUCUGCUUAUAAUCUGAGUUUUCUACUACAUUGAUGGGGUUCUAGGCUUGUUGUGCUUUUGUCUUUGCUGCGCUCUCUCAUUCUGCGCUUCGCAAUUUAUAGUCGCUCAUUCAUUCAUUCCUUCAUUCAUUCAUUAACCUGUCCGUAAUUGGACCAUCACAAUCUUUUAAUCUUGAGAAUGUUUGUUCGCAAUGCUGCGGUUUGGGCUGUGGCUCUAAGUGUUACCGUCUCGACGGUUUUGAGCGAGAGUGCUGUUGGUGAAAAAGUUGCGAGAGCGGAAGGAGAGGAUAGCAUAGCAAAGCGUCUUUUGUUUUCCACAAACCCCAAUGAUUCUAAUGGUCCUUCUCUAGCCAAUCUCUUUGAUUCAGAUGGAGAUGAGGAUGAUGACUCAAUUUCGAACUUCAUUUCGCAAUUGUUUGGGGGUAAUGGUGGAAACCCUGGCCCGGGAGGUGUUUCAGGGGGGUCAAAUAAUCCGGGUGGUUCUGGUAACAACAAUCCAGGAGGCUCAAGUGGCAAUAAUCCUGGAAACUCCGGAAUCGGAGGAUCGAAUGGAUUCCCCAACUUCCCCGGCUUUCCUGGCUUUGGAAAUGGCGGAGGCUCAAAUAAUAAUCCUGGCAAUAACAACCCAGGGAAUAGUGGAGGUGGGAAUGGAGGGUCGAAUGGAUUUCCUGGAUUUUCAAACUUCCCUGGCUUCCCGGGCUUUGGAAACGGUGGUGGUUCGAAUAAUAAUCCGGGAAAUAAUAAUCCAGGUAACAGCAAUCCAGGAAACAGUAACCCAGGAAACAAUAAUCCAGGAAAUAACAACCCAGGAAACAAUAACCCAGGUAACAAUGGGGGCAAUGGAGGUGCAAACAACGGAGAAUGGUCUCCCUAUACUCCACUCAUCCAAUUUCUCCGAGGCGAAGGAGCGAAUUCAGCUUAUGGUUCCCAAUUCUUAAACAGAUUAGAUGCUGCCGCCGUUUCCGCCUUUCUACGCAGAGCUGGAUUUGCAUCACUCGUUGAGUUUCAACAGGAGGCUGCUGCAGGUCAAAUCUCAAUUGGCGACUUCCUUAGCUUUUUGGAUGCACUCUCACGCUACAACUUUCUACAAUUGUUGGGUUUCCCCUUCAUCAUUGGCUUUCCCAAUCCACCGGUAUCUCCUAGUGCAACGAAUCCGCUGGCUACAGCAACCACAAGUUCGAGCAAUGCUAUCGUGGGAGGUCCUACGACUACUAGGACUACGACGAGACCUACGUCGUUUAUUCUUCCUAGCCCUUCAACCUCCUCUACUCAACCUAUUGUUAGAGGCCCUUCUACGUCUUCAUCAAGAGUGAUCGUCGGUGGCCCUUCAACAUCCUCGUCACGAGCGAUAAUUGGUGGUCCUUCAAGCUCCUCCAGAGCCAUAAUCGGCGGCCCAUCGAUUUCUUCGACGAGAGCAGUCAUCGGAGGACCUUCAGGCUCAUCCUCUACGUCGCGAAAUAUUAUUGGAGGUCCUUCAACUACGUCGACUGGACGUAUAAUCGGUGGUCCCUCGUCUUCUUCCACCACUCGAAAUGUGAUUGGGGGUCCUUCAUCAUCUUCCUCAAGCAGGGCUGUUGCUGGUCCUUCAACUUCUUCUACUCGACCAAUUAUUGCUGGCCCUUCAACUUCUUCAACCAGAAAUAUUGUCGGAGGUACUACUUCGACUACAAGAUCAUCUACUUCUACAAACUUAGUAGCAACUUUCAGGACAUUUAGUACUAGUUCAUCAACCAGAGCACUUGGAGCGGGUAGUUCAUCAUCGACCUCUCAGCUUAGUUCCACUCAAAGACUUGGAGCAUCACCCAGCUCUAGUUCGUCAACUCGAUUGAAUGUGAUACCCACAACCUCUACAACUCGUUCAAGCUCUACUUCUUCAUCAACACGAGUGAAUGCCUUGUCCUCAAGUUCUUCGCUCCGCUCCAGUACCAGCUCCCCACAAUCUUCAUCCCGCACUUCUACCUCGGCUGUUGGCCUUGGAGCUAGUUCUACUACAUCUCGGUCAUCAUCUUCUUCCCGAAUUACCACAGUCGUAGGUCUUGUGGCAAGCUCCACCUCGACUAGGACAUCAUCUUCCUCUUCUUCCUCACGCAGAAGCAACUCCUCGGCUGUAGGUUUAGGGGCUAGCUCAACAUCUUCUAGGUCAUCGUCAUCUUCCUCUUCCUCUCGCAGCACUACUUCAGCUGUAGGUUUAGGGGCAAGUUCUACCUCGUCUCGGUCAUCUACCUCAAGUAGUAGAUCUUCAACCCUUUUGGCCGUCGUUAGCUCCAGUACUAGCAGGUCAUCUUCUUCCAGUUCACGCACCUCAUCUUCAACUCAGUUGGGUCUCGGUGCCACCACCAGUACCUCAAGAUCCACUACCCUUUUCUCAUCCACCAGAACUUCAUCCACCAGCUCCAUUCGCCCAACUACAAGUGCCACUUCUGAUUUAUUAGUAUCCCCCAACGGAACUUGCGGUACUCUCUUUGGUUCCCUAUAUACGUGCCAAGGAAGCCCUAAUGGAAAUUGUUGUUCGAGAUUUGGAUACUGCGGUCGUGAAUCUGAUUGGUGCACGGGUGGCUGCGUCCCCGCAUUUGGAAUCUGUGGACUGGGGCAAUACCAAGGAUUGACGACUUCGAGUAGUUCAAACACUGUGCGCCUUGCUGGAACUUCUAGUUCUACUUCUAGAUCUUCUUCUAGAUCUUCUUCGUCAUCCGCUAUCGGUCAAGGAUUGAGCACCAGUUCAACUGCACGACUUGUUGGAACCUCUAGCUCGACUUCUAGAUCUUCAUCAACAGCUGUGGGCCAGGGAUUGAGUACUAGCUCAACAAGAACACCUGCUUCAAGCUCUAGUUCCACGGCACGACUUGCUGGCACUUCCACUUCUAGGUCGUCAACAUCGGCUGUGGGUCAAGGAUUGAGUACGAGUUCAAUAAGAGCAGCUACUUUGAGUACCAGCUCAACAGCGAGGCCCGUGGGAGCUUCCAGUUCUAGCUCCAGUUCUAGAUCUUCAACAUCAUCAGUAUUAGGUCAAGGGUCCAGCAGCAGUUCAACAAGAUCCACCUCAUCAUCUAGCACAAGACCAAUCGCCGCCACUUUCAGCACAAGCUCAACACGUUCGUCCACAGCUGUCGCCGCUUCCGCUAGCGCUUGUAGACCAGUCGCAGCCCCUGCUGUAACUCUCGCCUUAACCGCAACCGAUUGCUGCCAAUACUACAUCACCAGAGCCGGUGACACAUGUGCCAGCAUUGCCUCUCGUCCCAGCAUCCUUGGGUUAGAUGUCGUUGUUCUAGCCCUUCUCAAUCCAAGCUUGAGAUGUGUAGGACAAGGACCCCAAGUUGGUGUCGCCGUCUGUAUCCAGAAUAUCCAAUUAUCCCUAUCAGGCAACCUAGUAUCACCUGGUACUUCCUCAACUGAAACUUCUUCGGCUAUCGCAACUCCAAGCCCAUCCCAGACAGUUCCUCAAAGCUUCUUUAUCCAGGCUCGAAAUUCUGGAACUGGAGCUGAUGGCACGAGUCUUAUGAUUCAACAAGCCGCGGAAUAUUUUGCUGGUUUCAAUUUGAAUUAUGGUCAAUCAGUUUUCCCAUUUACUUGGGAUCCUGCUACCGGAUACUUGACAUCAGGUCUGUAUAUCCUAUGGGCUACAGCAUCAUAUUCACCUCCAUCUAUCAAGGUGGCUCCUGUUGGUUUUACAGGAUGGGUGGUUCCGGCUUGGCCAUUGGUUUGUAGUAUAGAUGGCAAUUUGAAGGUGGCAUGUACGGCGAAUGGAAACAUUUAUGGAAAAUUCUACCUCAUAAAUGCAAAUAAUGAUGGACAAACCGAACUCGCCAUUGGAAAUGUCGCAACAACAAGUUCCCUCAUUGUUGCGCCAGUUGAUCUCUACCUUGUUGCCAAUGAGGAGGAGGAGGGGUAGGUAAUGACUUUGGGUGGAUAGAUUUUUUAAUGUGACGGAAGAAAAGCCGUAUUAUUUUUAUUGGUCAUCUACCAUUUCGCUUUCUUCUACUCUAAUUUCCUUGGUUCUGGCUGGUUUGUUUUCGAUUGGAGUAUCUAUGAUGGGUUGGACGGAUGAAUAGAAGGAAAAUAUACGAAUGUCUUUUAGGGCUAUGAAAAAUCAAUGUGUCAAUUUUUUGUAACUUUAUUUAGGUAGUUUGAUUCAAUUUUCGGAAUAUGAGAAUCAACUUUUAUGAUCCGAUAUUCGGUUUAAUAGUUAUUUCUUUGAUGAUACUCCCCUAUACCUCGCGAUACCCA